GGUAGUACGCCAUAAGUUGAGCACAUUGAUUGGCCUUUUUAUAGCUUUUGACCAGGCUCACGAGCCAGUAUCUUACCUUGUCAUUCAUCCUCCAAGGAUGUUACUUGGCUUUGCUUUAUUGUUUAAGACCAGCAGGACGAGUUUAGCAGUCACUCUCCUGUUCGUGAAGCCAUUGCUCCAUGUUCGGCCGGACUUGACACAGUCAUUCUAUUUUCUGGAUAUGUUCAUAAGUCACUCUGAGCUACAAGGUGUAUCAGUCCCCUUUGUGAAAGAAUUGCCAUGCAAGGUCAUGGGUCCUUCCCAGAUGCUCCCGGCUGAGCUCUGUGUUGCCAUAGACCAAACACUUCUUUGCUUUUUGCCAGUUCAUAUAUGCAAGCAUAAAUUGGACCAAUAGCAGGACAGAGGGACUUGUUCAAGCACCAGUCCUGAAUUCCCAAUCUUGUCCAUCACGUGCAUAUAGGGCUGUAUGAACCAUCGUGAAUGUCGAGACGACAAAGCCUUCACAGUAAUUUACCAUGCAAUUGGAUUUUUGGUUAUGCUUAGGUGGUCGGUAUAUGCUGACGG